AUGCUAAGCAAAGCCAAGAAAGGUUCUCACAUUCGCACAAGAGAUAAUAAGGGGUUUGAAAUGAAAAGGCUUAGGUUUCAAGGUGUGGUAACUGUCUCAAAGAUGGAGAUCAGCUAUCUGGACAAGCAAGAGGGAUAUGAAAAUGGUAAAGAAUGUCCAGAUAUUGCCCCCCAAAGAACUGGGAGGCAAGGUCGUGGUCUGGAGAGGGCAGACGGCCAUCAGGGCACUCCACUCGGGGUUCACGCUCGCUCGAUCGAGCUUGCUCUUGACUCGAUCGAGUUGUGCCUCGAGUUAGCCACCUUCUUCCUAAAACCUGCUCCUGCGGGGUUGGAUCAUGAAGAGGAGUGA